CAACACUUCGCCUCCGGUCGCCGUCACGACGCACGCCUCCUCGCUAGUCGCUACCCCACGCCACCCUCAAUGAGAUGAGAGCCACAGCCGCCGCCCUCCUCGCCCCCCGCCUCACCUGCUCCACCAGCCGCGUUCCCCUCUCCUCCCCCCGCCUCCCCCUCCGCCGCAUCGCCGCCAUGGCCGCCGCAUCCUCCUCCUCCUUCAGCCCGGAGGCGGCUCGCUCCCCUCCCGCCCUCGAGCUCCCAGCCCCGCCGCUCUCCAAGUUCAAGGUGGCGCUGUGCCAGCUCUCGGUGACGGCGGACAAGGCUCGCAACAUCGCACACGCGCGUGCGGCCAUCGAGGCGGCCUCCGCCGAUGGCGCCAAGCUCGUGCUCCUACCCGAGAUAUGGAAUGGUCCAUAUUCAAAUGACAGCUUUCCAGAGUACGCUGAGGACAUUGAAGCUGGCGGAGAUGCAGCCCCUUCAUUUUCAAUGAUGUCGGGGGUUGCUCGCAGCUUGCAAAUUACUCUUGUUGGUGGGUCUAUAGCCGAACGUUCUGGUAACAACUUGUACAAUACAUGUUGCGUCUUCGGUUCAGAUGGCAAGCUUAAGGGUAAACAUAGAAAGAUCCAUCUUUUCGACAUUGAUAUUCCAGGAAAGAUUACUUUCAAGGAAUCUAAGACUCUUACUGCUGGGCAGAGUCCUACUGUUGUAGACACAGAUGUUGGUCGAAUUGGCAUUGGUAUAUGCUAUGACAUCCGUUUCCAGGAAUUAGCAAUGUUGUAUGCUGCAAGAGGUGUUCAUUUGUUAUGCUAUCCUGGUGCAUUCAACAUGACUACUGGGCCAUUGCACUGGGAGUUGCUGCAAAGAGCGAGGGCCGCGGAUAACCAGCUGUUUGUUGCAACCUGUGCUCCAGCUCGAGAUACCAGUGCAGGUUAUGUUGCUUGGGGACACUCCACUCUUGUUGGACCUUUCGGAGAGGUGAUUGCAACAACUGAACAUGAGGAGACAACUAUAAUAGCUGAAAUUGACUAUUCAUUGAUUGAACAGAGGCGGCAAUUUCUUCCUCUGCAACAUCAACGACGUGGGGAUCUUUAUCAGUUGGUAGAUGUCCAGAGACUGGGUUCUCAGUAGAGAGCCUGGAUGCAUUGCUCCAAUAGGCGUCAGCUGUGAUGAAGCAGGAACCAUUGAUUUUGCUGGUUAAUUCGUGCUCCGUUCAUGACAUGGAUGUGCAAGCUUUUUGCGGCUUUGCCAAGUGGAGAAGAUGAAUAAGGCGACCUGUACUUAACUCGCACCUUCAGUGGACCUUUUUUGCCGAAGAUAAUGAACACUAGUACUUCUCUUCGUAAAAUAAAGAUUCGAGUUCAACCAA